CCUCUCCUUUUGAACGCUACCAUGUUCACAAUUAAGGCUACUUACAGAAACGAGACUCGCAAGUUCUCUUUUCCAGAGAAAGUCUUGUUUCCUACCUAUGAGGAGCUUUACCAUCAGUUGUAUCGCAUAUUUCCUAUAAGCCAUAAUUAUUAUCUUUCUAAACUCAUUUUCUCGCCUGACGCAUCUAAGCCGUCCCGUAUUCUAAUUGGAAAGGAAGUUCAUACCGCAGAAGAGUACCGCACUCGCAUUGCCCCUUUACGCAGGCGCUGGCCCAACCCAUUGCUCAGGUUCUCUAUCUUCGAUGAGACUCCCCACAAAGCACCAAGUUCAGCAGUCGAGGAUUCCCAGGAGACUUCUUUGCCCUUCAUGGCGAUUCCCCCGCCUCCUGUACUUGCACCAUUUAAUAUGUCUCUUCCUUCUCCCAGUCCAUCCUUGGAUACACCAUUUCUAAACCGUCCCUUAUUCAAUCCACCAUCACUUUUUCCCAGACCACUUCCCAGUUCCCUCGCAUAUCCAAUCCCGCCUUCGUUCAUUCCGCCGCCACCGCCGCCCAUCAUAUUCGGAGAAACACCAAGUCUCCCAAGGCAACCGUCCAUUCCCGGUAUUUCCUCUCUCUUGCCCCAAGUGACCUCUCCUGCGCCAUGUUGCUCGAUCGCCAAAGGGAAGUCGGAGAUAGGAACUCUCUUCUCUUCAUUCAGGACAGAUCUUGAUCGCAUAAUGCAUAAUGCUUUUGGCCCAGAAUACAAUUCCGUAACAAAAGUGGAUGUAUCCCAUCGCCAGACCCCCGUCGAUGUAGGAACAUCCGACGAGGCUCCUCCUUCGUCAGACGCAUCGUGCAAUCUCUCAAAGGAACCUCCUUCGUCACACUGGUGCUUCGUCUGCAGGAACGAGUUCUCUGGAAGCUGGUACGGAUGUGUGAAAUGUCCAUGGCACUUCGUUUGUCCAAGCUGUUUCUCCAAAUCUGGUGCUAUGCACACGUUCAGUUUUGGGCCAGCUCACGUUGUCCGGCAGCGUGAAUCCACUGAAGUCGCGCCGUCAAUUACCGUUACACCUUCAGUCGCGGAAGUCCCCGCAGUAUCGCAGUCUACCAGAACUUCGCCAGCUAAUGAUGCCGAGCCUACUCAACGCACAACUAUCAUUCACCGAAAUAUUGUUUGUGACGGCUGCAACGAAAUCAUUGUUGGUGUCAGACGUAAAUGCCUGGAUUGUCCUGACUAUGAUCUAUGCACGCCCUGUAUCGAGUCAGGUGCUGCAGAGAGGCACAAUGCUUCCCAUGAAUUCUUUGACAUCGAAACACCUGGACGGGUGUUCGUUCACACGGUUUUUAGUGGAGACGGAGAGCGUGAUGCGUCUGCGGCUAGUCGUAGUCCUACAGUUCCUACUAGUCCCCGCUCCUCCGUUACGACUUCAGUCAUCGACCCCGUCCAUCACUGCGCGGCUUGCAACAUGUGCGACUCUCCUAUUGUCGGGGAUCGUUUCAAAUGUGUUAAUUGUCCAGAUUUUGAUACAUGCGCUGAUUGCUUCAAGAUUACUGGAGAGCAGCAUCCCAAUCAUGGCUUUGUGCGGGUGAGCAAGACGAAUGACCUCAUGAUGCGCAACGCAGUGACCAACAUGGUUGCUCAUUAUGCGACGUGUGAUUCUUGCCGGAAGACCAUUCGUGGCGUCCGUUAUAAGUGCAUGCACCCUAGCUGUCCUGAUUUCGACCUGUGCCAGGAUUGCGAAGCCCUGCCUAUUCCAGUCCACCCUCCCAUUCAUCCGUUGCUCAAGAUGAAGACUUCAAACACUGUUGUUCCUACCGUGUACAGAGCCGGGCGGACUCAACUGAUUCAAUCUCGAAGGAGUUGCGCAUGCCAGGGCAAUACGCCCCCGCAGGCUGUGGAACCUCAUCCUCUGAAAUCUUCGCUUGCUUCCACAUCACGCGUCGCCUCUGAGCAUUCCGUGAAAGAGGAACAGGAGCCACCUGUUGUUGUUCCCGAGUCUCUGAGCCCCCUUGCCAUCUUGGCAUAUUGCCCCGAAGAGGACCGCUUCCUGCAGUCUUCCGCCACUAAUUGCGAUCAAUCCGUCUCUACCAAUGGAUACUUUGAUCCGGUCAAGGCCAUGGAGUCAUUUUGCACGGCUUCAAAGCUCUCCGCCGCUGACUGUGAACAAUCAACCUCACCUUAUACCUACGGGGAUAUCGGCGAGUUGGUCCAGACGAUCAUGCGACCUUCCGCUCCUGAGGUCAAUUCACCAUCUCCCGACCUGAACACUUCACUUGACAUCUAUCGUGAAGAGUGGCCAAAAGUCAAUCGGGAAAUGAAACACCUCAUUGAAGCGAGACAAUCUGAAGUCCCUUUGUCUAGCCCCGUGGCUGAGUUGGUUAAGGCUCUUGAAAGCGAUCUGGUAAAGCUGGAGGAAGAUACCACCCUCGUUCAAGCAACUCGGCCUGAAGAAUUUGCGAAGUCACUCUCCCAGGAAGUGUCACCUGCUACCCCGGCAUCUGAUAUUCCGUCGAUCAUAGAUUCUCUCGUCUUUGCGGACAGGGAUCUUGCUGCACUUGCCCAUGGUUACCGUACACCAUCUCCUAUCGCCUCUGAAGCACUCGCUCCGUCUUGUACAACUUCCCCUUCCCUUGAUAGCAUCUUGGAUGAGCAAGUAUUUGCCAUGCCCAGUACAGAACAGCAACAGGCGACACGUCCUUCUCUCAGCUGUGCUUUUGUUUCCGACACGACGGUUCCCGACGGUCAGAUUUUUCCACCUGGUGCUGAAUUUGUAAAGUCAUGGCGGAUGUCAAACGACGGGGAAAGACCUUGGCCGGAAACGACUGAACUUCACUUCGUUGCGGGAGAGCCUUUCACACCUGACAGUGACUCAACGAUGAUUGCCAAAGUUGGACAUGUUGAUCCCGGAGAAAAUCUUGAUGUGUGGACUGGUGACCUCAAGGCACCUGAUGCUCCCGGUAGAUACGUCGGUUACUGGAAGUUGACGGACGGCAAAGGCGAAAGUUUUGGCGCUAACAUUUGGAUUGACGUUACUGUUGCUGAGCCUCGCCAGUCAGCCGAUGAAGCUAGCGACCAUUCUUUGGCGUCAUCCUCGAUGGUCAUGCCAAAGUCAUCAUCGAACAAUAGGUCUGCCCCUUCCGUUGGUCCCAGUGGUCGCUUAUUUGAGCCCUCGUCUCCUUUAACGUCCAAACCUGCGACGGAUUUAACGGAUGAUGGAGAUUCUGAUGGAUCAUCGGUAUCCUUGGUCAGUGUCCCUUCGUCUGAUGAGUAUGGAUCCGAUUGGCAAGAUACGCGGUCCGAGCCCGAGAACCUUGAGUACGUUGUAUUGUACGACAGCCAUGGCUCAGAGGAUGAGUAGAGAAGAUGAUCGAUAACUUUUAGCUUUCCUGUGUUUAUAUGCAGCGACGUAUCCACGUCCUUCUCUAGCGUCUUGUUUAUCCUGUGAUAUUUGCUCGUGUACUAUUAUAAGCUGAUUUGAAUUGAUAUCGAUCGAUAAAGACCA